CAAUCUCCAAGGCAGAGUCAUUCAAACUUUGGACGCUUGGCGUUGCAGCUUUGUGGCUUGAGCUCCUGGCUGUCAUGGAUGCACCAGAGGUGAUCUGGGGCUUGCUGCACAUUUUGCUCGCAGUGGCCCUUCUGGCUUUUGGCCUUUAUUGCUGCUACAUAAAAUCAAUCCACAUGAAGUAUGAUCACAUCCCUGGCGCCCCAAGGGUGAGCUUUUUUCUUGGACAUGGGCCACUCAUUUGGAAAAUGGUUAAAAACCAGGAGCCAAUGGGUGAUCUCUUUCUGCAGUGGGCUGAAGAAUAUGGACCAGUCGUGCGUUUUAAUGUACUUCACAAAGCUGUGGUCUUAGUAUUAAGCCCCGAAGGAGUGAAGGAGUGCCUGUUGUCACCACAGUACCCAAAAGACCAAGAAUAUGAACGUACUUGUAAUGUAUUUGGAGAAAGAUUUUUAGGGAAUGGCUUAGUAAGUGACCUCGACCAUGCCCGCUGGUACAAACAGCGGAGAAUUAUGGAUGUGGCUUUCAGUCGAAGUUACCUCACUCGCUUGAUGGGAACCUUCAAUGACCAAGCAGACAAGCUUAUGGAGCAGCUGGAGGGAAAAGCUGAUGGAAAAACUGAAGUCGAUAUGCUGAGUCUGCUGAGUCGAGUGACCCUGGACAUCAUUGCAAAGGUGGCUUUUGGCUUAGAACUGAACACUGUCUAUGAUGACCAGACGCCUUUUCCUCGUGCCAUAUACGUGACCCUACAAGGACUAUCCAAAUCCCGCAUUCCUUUUUUUGAGUACAUGCCAUGGAACAGAAAAGAAGUGAAAGGUGUUCAGGAGAGCAUAAGGCUGCUACGUCGUGCUGGGAAGGAGUGUAUUGAACAGAGGCGUAAGGACAUGCAGGAUGGAGAAGAGAUCCCAUUGGAUAUUCUCACUCAGAUACUGAAGGGUGCAGCACAGGAAGAGGGCUGCAACGAUGAACUGAUGCUGGACAAUUUUGUCACCUUCUUCGUUGCAGGUCACGACACCACUACUACCCAGUUAAGUUUCACCAUAAUGGAGCUGUCACGAAACCCUGAGGUAGUUGCAAAACUUCAGGCUGAAGUGGAUGACGUCAUUGGUGUGAAGAGAGACAUCGCCUAUGAAGAUCUUGGGAAGCUCCAGUACUUAUCUCAGGUUCUCAAGGAAGCCUUGCGCUUAUACUCCCCGGUUCCCACUGUUCCUCGCUGGACAUUGAAGGAAACCGUCUUUGAAGGAGUCAGAAUUCCAGCAAACACAACUCUGAUGUUUAGUCAAUAUGUCAUGGGACGCAUGAAAAGGUUUUUCAAAGACCCGUUUAUCUUCAAUCCUGACCGGUUUAGCAAAGACCAAACAACACCAUACUUUACCUACUUCCCAUUUUCCCUUGGAGGUCAUACCUGUAUCGGGCAGCUAUUUUCACAGAUGGAGGCUAAAGUGGUGAUGGCCAAAUUUCUACAGAGGUUUGAAUUCCAGCUGGUCCCGCCUCAGAACUUUAAAAUUAUGGACACACAAUCGCUGAAGCCAUUUGAUGGCUUAGUAUGCAGACUGAGACCACGGCGCCACCUUCGCUGUGAAGGGGAUUAAAUAAUCGGCAGCAGGAUAUUGUCAUUCGCAGCUUGAAUUCCUACUGGAACCUGCUUAAAAGUUCCAUUUCCCGGCGGGUUAGAGGAGGAGAGAGCUCAUCUUGGAGUUGGGGCCAUUUUGCAAUCAUGGUUGAUGGGUUUUUAAAAAAUUGAUUUAAUCAUUUUUUCAAUACAAACAACAACCGCAAAAGACACUACAACAAAUACCAUAAUAACAAUAACACAAUUUGACAAUUCAGAUUUAAAUACACUAUGACUGCAGCUUUUUAACAACUAUCAUAGUUGAGGUGUGUUUGUGUGUGUUUGCCUAAAGCAGGCACCCCUAACCUUCAGCCCUCCAGAUGUUCUGAACUACAAUUCCCAUCAUCCCUGACCACUGGUCCUGUUAGCUAGGGAUCAUGGGAGUUGUAGGCCAAAACAUCUGGAGGGCCGCAGGUUGGGGAUGCCUGGCCUAAAGGGUUAUCUGUUGGGGGCUUUGCGGUGUUUGUCAUCAUAAUUGACUUGUACAAGUUUGCGUAUUAAGAGGUCUAUGUAGGGAGAUAUUUGUAAAACGUAAGGUAAGGUCCAGUGCACUGCAGCAGUGAGAGAAGGCUGGGACGAUGGGGUGUGUCCCAUGCUGAUUAAUAAUAAUAAUAAUUUUAUUAUUUAUAUGCCGCCUAUCUGACUGGGUUGCCCCAGCCACCCUGGGCAGCUCCCAAGAAAAUAUUAAAAACACAAUGCAACAUCAGUCAUUAAAAACUUCCUUA